AUGCAGAUGUGUAAGCGCAACUGUCGGGAAGAUGAUGACCAGCUCAUGCAUCCUAAAGGCACACGUGAGGGCCAAGGCCCCCAGAAGGGAGACCCCCGCGCCGCCUCCAGCCCGCUGGCCAGGACGCCCGAAGGACCCCCGGGAAGAAGCAGCUCCCGGAGGCCAGGAGGCACGGACGUAGCUCUGCGCACGGCUUCCGGAGUCUCCGCCAAAACGCCCUCGCCCUCCAAGGACACGGACUCUCGCAGCUUGCGUAGAACGGAUGAUUACAGCCCACUCGAGCAACGUCGUUGCGGGACCACGCCCAUCAAACCGGUUAGUUCCUCCCUUGGCGGCCGCGAUCGGCUACUCGGGCUUAAUUUCCUAGAAUUAAAAGCUCAUGGCGGCCUGCUCGGGGCGGCCCGGAGGAUGCCGGCCGCCGCUUCUCUCCGCCGGAUCUCUACCACGCCCGGAUCCGUGGUUGCCCCGCCGGCGGAGGAGAAACCGUCCCGGGUAUCUGAGGUCCACUGGCAAGAAGACCCAGAUAAAGAAGAUGUCAACCUUUAUGAGAAGAAUCCGGAGUCCCACGGCUUUGAUGAAGACCCUUUCAUAGACCUGUGGAACAUGAGGCUCGUGUUCUUUUUUGGCAUUUCUGUUGCCAUUGUCCUGGGCUCCACCUUUGUGGCCUAUCUUCCUGACCACAAGAUGAAGGAAUGGGCCAGGAGGGAGGCCGAGUACCUGGUGAAGCUACGGGAAGCUCAGGGUCUUCCCCUUUUGAAUUCCAACUAUUUUGACCCCAGCAAGAUCAUUUUACCUGAGGAUGAGGACUAAAGUAAACCCCAGCAAUGAAUAAAGUGAUUCUAAUUCUGUUAGUA